AAGAAUAUAGCCUAUAAAAAGGAAUAGAUAAAAGAAAAAGAAAAAGAAAUAAGGCUGAACUAGGAGAAGCUGCAAAAGCCAAAGCAUUAGGCGUGGCUUCAUUUGUGUUCCUUGUCUUACAGAGAAGAGGGAUGAAAAGAAAACUACACUAAAGAAAAAGAAGUAAACGAAUAAGGAAAAGAAGAUUGUGAUGCAUGCUUUGAAAAACUAUGCCAAAGAAAAAGAUAUAUAGCAAAUUAGAAAAGCAGAUAGUGAUGCUUUGAAUCUCCUUUGCCAAUAGCCUACUAUUCUUCACUUUGUUUCCAUUUUCCAACUCUUGUUCAACUAUUUUCCUUUUUUUGGUACAGUGGUUAGUUCAACUUUGUACAGCCAUAAUAUAUUCAAGUUUAAUUUUCUGUGGGUUGCUUAACUUGCUUUCUCUUGUAAACCAACAGCUCUAAUAUCUAAAUAUUGAAAAACAUUUUCAAAGAGUUGAAAUUAAAAGAACUCAACCUGUCUCUCUUUAGGCGCUUCUAACCUUUCUGCAGUCAACAUUGGAACAUGGACAAAGAAUUAAAGAUGCAUGAUCUCAAAGAAGCCUUGAGAUCAAGUGACCUUUUAAUCUUUUUUCUAGAUGCAUCACCUUUUAAUCCUUUAUGAUGUCACGUUAUUGUUGGUCUUGUUCUAGCAUCCACCACAGGAAAGGUGCAUAUUUUGGAGGUGACCAAAAGCAUGUUUUAGUGUUUUUUUUUGUUUGUUUUGUUUUGGUGAUUAAAGGAGCUUCCUGAAUAGAAUGAGACCAAAAAUUUGAUGAACUUGCAGUCACAUUGCAUAAUCAACCCUCAAAUUAAUGUGGCCCAUUUAUUAUUUUGAUUUGCAUUGACUAAUGUAUGGUUAGGUAGGUGGGUAUUUUCAGAGUUUACAAGGGCCCCAUGACAAUAAUUUAAAGUGAAACACAGUAGUCCUUUUGUUCACUUGUAUGAAUGUUGUAUACAAGAGGAACUUGAUGCUGAGUACUACCACCCUCAAUACUUUGUCUUCUCACUGCCUUGCCUCCAUGGAAUUGGACAUUGGAGUCACUCACUCAGAUCUGAGUCUUGCAGAGUCCUGGUUUGCAGCUGAAACUUCAACUGGGUACCUUGAAGAUGUUAUUGCAGGUUGGGGUAUUUGGUGCAAGCAGCACAACUUACCAUCCUACUCUCAAGAUCAAAAGGUUAACUAUAAAACCCAAUAUUUGGUUGAUCAGAAAGACUUGUUUCCAGCAUUCUCUUCAACAGCUCAAAUCCUCCAUGACAAUAACAACGUCAGCACUAUGAAGCUACCAUCAUUGCAAAAUGAUAAACAUGGAGCUGCAAUGAAGCAUGAUUCUGCUCAGGGGAGCUAUCCAUCUAGAGAGUCAGAUGAAAGUGAUGCUUCUGUCAUAAGGGGUCACCAGAAGAAAAUAGCUUAUCCAUUUGAGUUGGUGAAGCCAGGAGGAGUUGAAGGGGAAACGACCCUGAAAGAUAUAAAUCACCAGAUGCUGAUGAGUCCAUCAAAGCCAAUUCCACACCCUGUGGGAGACUCUCUCACUCAUUCAUGCAUUUCAAAUCGUGCCUUUGGUAUUUCAGGUAAAGCAGUGGCAGCCCUUACAAGGAUUCAAACUCAGGGUAGAGGAUCUAUCACCAUUAUCAGAACCAAAGGUUGAUCUCAACCGAAGUGAAACCUCACUGUUGUAUAAUAUCUUAGAUUUUGUGUUAUACUCCUCCUAGUCAUCGUUUCAUAGUCUAUACCAUAGUUUGCAACCAUGUACUAAAGAAAAAGUAAAUUAAAUGAAAUAACUUUUAAGUCUUAUUUUAUA